UCGGCCGCAAACCCAAACACUCCCGGCUGCUGGUGCACGUGAUCUCCCUGUAGCCGCUCGGGCAGAGAUGUUGCUGCUGGCCGCCGCCGGCCUCGUGGCCUUCGUGCUGCUCCUCUACAUGGUGUCGCCGCUCAUCAGCCCCAAGCCCCUCGCGCUGCCCGGCGCGCACGUAGUGGUCACAGGAGGCUCCAGCGGCAUUGGAAAGUGCAUUGCUAUUGAGUGCUACAAACAAGGAGCAUUUAUAACUCUGGUUGCACGGAAUGAGGAUAAGCUACUGCAGGCGAAGAAAGAAAUUGAAAAGCACUCUAUUAACGAUAAACAGGUGGUGCUGUGUAUCUCAGUAGAUGUGUCUCAAGACUACAACCAAGUGGAGAAUGUAAUAAAGCAGGCACAGGAGAAGCUGGGUCCUGUGGACAUGCUGGUCAACUGUGCAGGCACCUCUAUGUCAGGAAAGUUUGAAGAACUUGAAGUUAGUAGUUUUGAGAAAUUAAUGAGCAUAAAUUACCUGGGCAGCGUGUACCCCAGCAGGGCAGUGAUCACCACCAUGAAGGAGCGCCGGGUGGGCAGGAUCGUGUUCGUCUCCUCUCAGGCCGGACAGCUCGGGCUCUUUGGUUUCACGGCCUACUCUUCAUCCAAGUUUGCCAUAAGAGGCUUGGCAGAAGCCCUGCAGAUGGAGGUGAAGCCUUAUAAUGUGUACGUCACCGUGGCCUACCCACCAGACACUGACACCCCGGGGCUGGCUGAGGAAAACAAAACUAAGCCCCUGGAGACCCGGCUCAUCUCAGAGACCACGGCUGUGUGCAAACCAGAACAGGUGGCCAAACAAAUUGUCAAAGAUGCCGUACAAGGGAAUUUUAACAGUUCUAUUGGCUCGGAUGGGUACAUGCUGUCCUCGCUGACCUGUGGGAUGGCCCCCGUGACUUCCAUCACUGAAGGACUCCAGCAGGUGGUCACCAUGGGCCUUUUCCGAACAAUUGCUUUGUUUUACCUUGGAAGUUUUGAUAAUAUAGUUCGCCGCUGCAUGGUACAGAAAACAAAGCCUGAAGUUGUAGACAAAACUGCCUAAUUCUUGCCCCUCGGAACAGUGUGCUGCUAAUGGAACUCAAGUUUUGGCCUCCAGAGUUUUGGAGUUUUGGGUCUCGUUUUUGAACGUGUGAGAUCAGACCCCUGGCUCUUCAGAAAUCCGGCUGCAAGCGGAGGGGCGUGAGGCCAUCCUUACGUUACUGUUGACACUAUGCAAAUGCGGACCAGGACACCUUUGAUUUUUCUGGGCUUUGGGGGUGAUAGUGUGAGAACUAAUAACGGGAAAACAGGGUAAAGAAGAGCAUUCCAGAACGGUAAAUUCAGCUUUUCUGUUAUUCCUCCAUCCUGCCCAUAGAGAGCAAGAAAUGUACUGGGUGGCACAGAAGAAUUUCGGAGGGUUUCUUUUGAUUUUUGGUUUUAACUUUUCAUGAAAAAUGGUCUCGGUUUUUAUUAGUCUUUUUUAUUUUUUUGUAAUUUUUUUUUUAGUGUAUGUUAUUCAAGGUGUGUCUUCUGAGUAGCCCGUGAGUCUGACCCUCAGCAUGUCUUGCUGUGCCUGGGACUCGCUUCUGCUAGUGAAGCUGGUUUCUCUCUCUUUGAUCCUUAAAAUUCGAGGGGGAUGAGAGAGCAGCACAGGGGAAGGCGCGGGGCGAGUCCUUCCUUCAUGAGGGUAGGCGGGCUUUCUUGUCUUCCUCGACUGAUGCUUACAGCGUUUUCAUUCUACUCGAGGGGAAAGACAGCCUCUUUACAUGUUUUCUGAAGAGAAAUAAAAUGUCAUAGAAGCUUAAAA